AUGGCACCUGUCUUGAAGAACAAGAAGCUUUUUGAAGCCAAGCCUUUUAUCAACGGCGAGUGGUACAACUCCAAGUCAGAAAGGACUUUCAAGGUCUAUGAUCCAGCCACAGAGGAGGUUAUCGUCGAGCUCCCUGACCAAACGCCCGAAGAGAUCGACGAGGCCAUCAAUGUGACAAGUAAAGCCUUUGCCUCCUACAAGAACACCAGCCCUACGGAGCGCUCCAAAUGGUUGAGAAACUUGCACAACUUGAUGAUGGAAAACUUGGACGAUUUGGCUGCAAUCAUCACCUGGGAAAACGGCAAGUGCUUGACCGAUGCCAUUGGCGAAGUCAAGUAUGCCGCGUCAUACUUCGAGUGGUUUGCCGAAGAGGCAAAGAGAAACUAUGGCCACACCAUCCAACCAGCUAACUUCAACAACAAGGUCAUCACAUACAAACAGCCGGUGGGUCCUGUUGGUUUACUUUGUCCUUUCAACUUUCCUUCCGCCAUGGGUGCUCGCAAGGCCGCCCCUGCAUUUGCGGUAGGGUGCACGUGUGUAUUGAAGCCAGACGGUCAGACGCCUCUAUCUUCGUUGGCGCUCGCGUACUUAGCGGACCAAGCGGGAUUUCCGAAGGGUGUUUUCAACGUGGUGUUGGUCAGUGUUGAAUCUACCCCAGCAUGUGGCUUGAAGUUUUGCGAGUCGCCAGCAAUUAAAAAGAUAUCCUUUACUGGAUCCACUCCCGUGGGAAAAUUGUUGUACAAGCAAUGUGCCCCAACAUUGAAGAAAAUGUCCAUGGAGCUUGGAGGCAAUGCGCCGGUGGUCGUCUUCAAUGAUGCCAGACUCGACUUGGCUGUGGACCAGGCGAUUGCGUCUAAAUUCCGCUCCUUAGGUCAAACAUGUGUGUGCGCCAACAGAUUAUACGUACAAUCUGCGGUGUACGAUGAUUUUGUCAGUGCGUUUGCCGAAAAAGUUCGCCAAUUCAAAAUUGGAAAUGGGUUUGAGAAGGGCGUGACUCACGGCUGUUUGAUCAACACAAAAACGAUUGAUAAGGUCGAGGAGCACGUGAGAGAUGCGGUCUCCAAGGGUGCUGAGAUUGUGGUCAAAGGCGGCACCCUCCAAGAAUUGGGAAAACACUUUUACGCUCCCUACGUCUUGAAGAACAUCACCAAUGACAUGAAGGUUGUUCACGAAGAGACGUUUGGGCCUCUUGCAGCGAUUGUAAAAUUCGAGACCAAGGAAGAAGUCCUCAAGCAUUGCAACGACACCCCAUAUGGUUUGGCCGCAUACGUGUUUUCUGAAAGUCUUAACACUAUCUACACGGUUUCCGAGGCGUUGGAAGUCGGAAUGGUCAGUGUGAACACCGGUCUUUUCACAGAUGCCAGUAUGCCAUUUGGGGGAAUAAAAGAAUCUGGGUUUGGACGUGAGGGUUCUUUGUAUGGUAUGGACGACUAUACUGUUGUGAAAUCCAUCACCCUCGGGAAUGUCUUUGACUAA